AUGGGUUUCUUUUCGGUCUUCACCCACUUCCGCAAAUCCAACAUCUUCAACCUCGUCCUCCGCUCCCUGCAGCUCAUCGACGCCCUCGUGGUGAUUGGCAUGUACGCGGUGGACCUCAACAACGCGAACAAGGAGGACAAGUACGCCGACUCCAAAUGGGUCUUCGCCGUCACCGUGGGCUCGCUCGCGGCCGUCACGGCGCUCGUCUUCUCGCUCGCCAGCGUCUUCUUCCAGUACCGCACGGUCGCCCUGCUGUUCGCGUGGGACUGGGUCCUCACCAUCCUCUUCGCGACGCUGUCCGGCAUCUUCGGCUCCAUGUACAUCGGCGAGCGGGUCGAGUACGAGAGCGGCAUCCACCGCAUGAAGGUCGCCGUCGGCUUCGACCUGACCGGGCUGGUCCUGUGGUUUGUCACGGCGGCCUUUGGCACCUGGUGGUUUGUCAUGGAGAGGAAGGAGGAGAGACGGGGACGGGGCACCAAGGCUUAA